AGGGAGUAUAACUACAAUAAUUCUCCGGUAUUUACUUAACAACCCGGAAAUACAGAAACAGAAAAUUUCUUUAUUACCAGCAAAAUCAAUUUUUUUCAUUACGGAGUGUUUUAAUCUACAUCUGACAGGCUGUCAACUACCUUUCCUGUCCAUCCAUUAUCCUUUAAUUUCUUCCGUAUUACAAUUCGGAAUAUUCUGGAUGAAGAUAUGACUGGUGAAAGAUAAAUAAGAGGUUUUAAAUGGAGAUGACAGAUACCCGGCCCCUGUUUAUCCGGUUGACCCUGCCAGCUGGUCUGGAGGACGCCCUGGAGGGAUUGGCCCGCGAGGUUCUACGUCAUCAACCAGAGAAUAUUCUAGAGUUUGCCGCCGACCAUUUUGAUCUUCAGCUCAGGAAACGAUCAGAAUCAGGAGUCUUAGAUAUCAGUGACAAAGCGUUUUCAGCUGGUGAAGAUGUAUCAGAGAUAGAAGAUAUUGAAGAUGAAAGAAGUUCUCCUGUGUCGAAUGUUGGGCUUGAGAAAUCAAAUAUUGAUGAUGAUGAGGAGGAGAAUAUACAAGAAAAAGAUGAUUUAGAAGUUGUUCAAGCUAAAUUAAUUCCUUUAACUGAAAUAAAAGAUGAUGAUACUGAAGAAUUGGUAAAGGAUAAUUUAGAAUUGAUUGAUAAUGAGGAAAAACAUGAGGCAAAUGAUGCUAAUGAGGGCCAAGAAACUGAAACUUACGAUCUAGGGGCUGAAACGUCAACACCUGUUGAAGAUUUUGAAAAAAUAACGGAAAACGGUGAGUUGAAGAUAUUGAUAAAUGAAAAUGAGGAAUCAGAAAAUACUGAAAAUCAAGAAUUAGAAGUUGAAGGAGUAAAUCAAGUUGAAGAUCUUGAAUUUAACAAUACAGAGACAGACACUGAAAAACAAGAUAUUCCUGAAACUGAUAUUGAUUUGAACUCAGAAAAAAUAAAAGAUGCUGAUGAAGAAACAAAUAAUGAUGAUGAUGAAAAUAAGGAUACAGGAUUAGAAAGUGUUGAAGAUCAAGAAAAAGCUCAAACAGAGAGAGCUGAUAAUAUUGAAGACGGACCAAUAAAUGAAGUAAAAACUGAUCCAACCCAAACAACUGACCAACCUGACACUUUUGUGAAAGAACUUGACAAAAUAGACAUUGACUUAGAAGAUAUAGAAGUUCAACAGGCAGCAACGAAAAUACAAGCAGGAUUUAGAGGACAUAAAGCACGGAAAGAAUUGAAGAAAAAUGUUAAUGUUGAUGAAACAACAGAACAAGAACAAAAUACAAUUGAAUUGUUAAAUGAUGAUUCAAAUAUGGAUAUUGAUCUGAUGGAUCCAAAUGUAGAACAAGCUGCUACCAAAAUUCAGGCUGGGUUUAGAGGUAUUAAGGCAAGACAAGAAGUUAAAAAACUUAAGGAACAAAGAGAAAUUGUUGAAGAUGUUGAAUCCUUCCAGAAUGAAGACUUGCUCAUGGAAAAAGCAGCAGAGGUAGAUAUUGAUUUAACAGAUUCAGAUGUGGAAAAAGCUGCUACUAAGAUACAGGCUGGCUUUAGAGGUAUCAAAGCCAGGCAAGAGGUUCAGAAAAUGAAAGAAGAAUCCAAUUAUUUGCUACUUGAUGAACAAGAAAACACAGGUGAGACUGAGUCAUUACUUGAACCUGAAGUGGAUGUUGACCAAAUUUAUGCAAAUGAGUCAAUGCAAUCACUUGAAACUGAUCUUGCACUUAAAACUGAACCUAAUUCUGAAAUAGAUAUUGAUUUUACAGAUCCAGAUGUAGAACAAGCUGCAACUAAGAUUCAAGCGGGAUUUAGAGGUAUAAAAGCUAGGCAGGAGGUUAAGAAAAUGCAAGAUGAAAGGAAAGCUGUUCAUCAUGUUGAUAUAGAAAGAGCAACCACAGAAGAAACUGAUGCUUUAAUUCAAUCUGAACCUGAAUCUAACCCUGAAGCUGAUAUUGAUUUUACAGAUCUAGAUGUAGAACAAGCAUCAACUAUGAUCAACAAUAUUGGUGAGACUGAGUAUAUACUUAAAAAUGAACCAGAACCUGAGACUGAAAUAGAUAUUGACGACACAGAUCCAGAUGUAGAGCAAGCUGCUACUAAGAUACAAGCAGGAUUCAGAGGUAUUAAAGCUAGACAAGAAGUUAAGAAAAUGAAAGAUGAAAGCAAAUUAGUAUUUCCGCCAGAAGAAGUAAAUAUAGUUGAGUUUGAGUCAAUACUUGAAAACAAACCAGCACCUGAUACGGAAAUAGAUAUUGAUUUAACUGAUCCAGAUGUAGAGCAAGCUGCUACUAAGAUUCAAGCAGGAUUCCGAGGUAUUAAAGCUAGACAGGAAGUUAAGAAAAUGAAAGAUGAAAAAGUAAUUGUUGAUCAAACUGAAGAUAUAGAUGAAUCAAAACUUACAGCAAAUCCUUUGACAGAACCUGAAAUAGAUAUUGAUUUAACUGAUCCAGAUGUAGAACAAGCUGCUACUAAGAUUCAAGCAGGAUUUAGAGGUAUUAAAGCUAGGCAGGAAGUUCAGAAAAUGAAAGAUGAUAAAGUAAUUGUUACACAAACUGAAGAAGUAGAUGAAUCAAAACCUACAGCAUAUCCUAUGACAGAACCUGAUAUAGAUAUUGAUUUAACUGAUCCUAAUACAGAGCAUGCUGCUACGAAAAUACAGGCUGGGUUCAGGGGUAGUAAAGCUCGAAAAGAAGUUCAGAAAAUGAAAGAUGAAAUUAAAUCUGUAUUCCCUGAUGAAGAAGUAUAUGACAUUCAGACUGAGCCCUUACAUAUACCUGAACCUGAAGUAGAUAUUGAUUUAACAGAUCCAGAUGUAGAACAAGCUGCCACUAAGAUUCAGGCAGGAUUUAGAGGUAUUAAAGCUAGGCAGGAAGUAAAGAAAAUGAAAGAUGAAAAAGAAUUUGCCACUGAAAGAGACACAAUAACUGAACCGGAAUCAGCUAAUUCAGAGAAUAGGGAUAACAAUGUCAUAGAUAUAGAUCUAACAGAUCCUGAGGUUCAGGAAGCUGCUAUCAAGAUACAAGCAGGGUUUAGAGGCAUAAAAGCAAGGCAAGAAGUUAAAAAAAUAAAAGAUACAAAUGAAUCAGUUCAACCAGAAGAAACUGAGAUGGAAAAUGAAACUGAAGAAAAAGUAGAUAUUGAUCUAACAGAUCCAGAUAUGGAACUAGCUGCAACCAAGAUUCAAGCAGGAUUCAGAGGCAUUAAAGCUAGACAGGAAGUAAAGAAAAUAAGGGAUGAAAGCAAAUUAGUAAUUCCUCCAGAUGAAGAAAAUACAGUUGAGUCUGAGUCUAUACUUGUAAAUGAACCAGCACCUGAUCCUGAAAUAGAUAUUGAUUUAACUGAUCCAGAUGUAGAGCAAGCUGCUACUAAGAUUCAAGCAGGAUUCCGAGGUAUUAAAGCUAGACAGGAAGUUAAGAAAAUGAAAGAUGAAAAAGUAAUUGUUGAUCAAACUGAAGAUAUAGAUGAAUCAAAACUUACAGCAAAUCCUUUGACAGAACCUGAAAUAGAUAUUGAUUUAACUGAUCCAGAAGUAGAGCAAGCUGCUACUAAGAUUCAAGCUGGAUUUAGAGGUAUUAAAGCUAGGCAGGAAGUUAAGAAAAUGAAAGAUGAUAAAGUAAUUAAUGAACAAACUGAAGAAGUAGAUGACUCAAAACUUAUAGAAAAUCCUGAUAUAGAUAUUGAUUUAACUGAUCCUAAAACAGAGCAUGCUGCUACAAAAAUACAGGCAGGGUUCAGGGGUAGUAAAGCUCGACAAGAAGUUCAGAAAAUGAAAGAGGAAAUUAAAUCUGCACUCCCUGCUGAACAAGUAGAUAAGGUUGAGACUGAGCCCUUACUUAUACCUGAACCUGAAGUAGAUAUUGAUUUGACAGAUCCAGAUGUAGAACAAGCUGCCACUAAGAUUCAAGCUGGAUUUCGAGGUAUUAAAGCUAGACAGAAGGUUAAGAAAAUGAAAGAUGAAAAAGAAAUCAUUCAGAUAACAAAACAAGAACAGAUAUCUGAACAAGAACCAAUACCUGAACAAGAACUAGCUGAUAUAGAUAUAGAUUUAACAGAUCCUGAGGUUGAGCAAGCUGCUACCAAGAUACAAGCAGGGUUUAGAGGCAUAAAAGCAAGGCAAGAAGUUAAAAAAAUGAAAGAUACAAAUGAAUCAGCUCAACCAGAAGAAAUUGAGAUGGAAACUGAAACUGAAGAAAAAGUAGAUAUUGAUCUAACAGAUCCAGAUAUGGAACUAGCUGCUACCAAGAUUCAAGCAGGAUUCAGAGGUAUUAAAGCUAGACAGGAAGUUAAGAAAAUGAAAGAUGAAUGCAAAUCAAUAAUUCCUCUAGAAGAAGAAAAUAUAGUUGUGAUUGAGUCUAUACUUGAAAAUGAACCAGCACCUGAUCCUGAAAUAGAUAUUGAUUUAACUGAUCCAGAUGUAGAACAAGCAGCUACUAAGAUUCAAGCAGGAUUCCGAGGUAUUAAAGCUAGACAGGAGGUGAAGAAAAUGAAAGAUAAAAAAGAAUCGCUUCAGAUAACUGAACAAGCACUAAUAGCUGAACAAGAACCAAUAACUAAUCAAGAUUUAAUAAAUGCACAAGAACCAAUUACUGAACUAGAACCAACUGAUACUGAGAAAGAGGAUAAAGAUGUCAUAGAUAUAGAUCUAACAGAUCCAGAGAUUGAGCAAGCUGCUACUAAGAUACAAGCAGGGUUUAGAGGUAUAAAAGCAAGAAAAGAAGUUCAGAAAAUGAAAGAUUCAAAUGAAUUAAUUCAGCCAAUUAAUCAAGAAGAGACUGAGCUAGAAACUGAAACUGAAGCAAAAGCAGAUAUUGAUCUAACAGAUCCAGAUAUGGAACUAGCUGCUACCAAGAUUCAAGCAGGAUUCAGAGGCAUUAAAGCGAGGCAGGAAGUUAAGAAAAUGCAAGAUGAAAAAGAAUUUGUUAUGAUAACUGAACAAGAAUCAGCUGCACCUGAAAUUGAGGAUAAAAAUGAUGUAGACAUAGAUUUUUCAGAUCCAGAUUUAGAACAAGCUGCUACUAAGAUCCAAGCUGGAUUUAGAGGUCUUAAAGCUAGGCAGGAAGUAAAAAAAAUGAAAGGUGAAGAAGAAUUUGUUCAGAUAACUGAACAAGAACAAGCGGAUCUUAAAAAUGAACUAGAAUCUGAACCUAAUAUAGAUAUUGACUUAACAGAUCCAGAUGUAGAACAAGCAGCUACCAAGAUUCAAGCAGGUUUCAGAGGUAUAAAAGCUAGAAAGGAAGUAAAGAAAAUAAAAGAAGAAAGCUCAACUUUUCUCCCUUCUAAACAAGGUGAUGAGAGCAAGGUUGAUCCUUUAAAUGAACUGAAUUAUGACCCUGAAAUAAAUAUUGACCUCACAGAUCCAGAUGUAGAACAAGCAGCUACCAAAAUACAAGCAGGGUUCAGAGGUAUAAAAGCUAGACAAGAAGUUAAGAAAAUGAAAGAUGAAAGCAACCCUAUUAUUUCCCCAUAUCAAGAACAAAUAAUAAAGACUGAGUCUUUACUGAACGUAAAUCCAGAACCUACACCUGAGGUAGAUAGUGACUUGGAUUGUGAAGCAGUUGUAGAUAAUGAUAACCAAGAGCUUGAAGAUGCAGCAACCAAAAUUCAAGCAGGAUUUAAAGGAAUGAAGGCAAGAAAAGAAGUUAAACAAAGAAAAGAAGAUGCUAAAGCAAAGGAUGAUGAAGGAAAUAUGAGUAAUGCCACAGAAGACGUCAGUGCUGUGGGUGAAGAAGAAACAGAAGAGGGUACAGUGCUAGGAGAACCCUUAGGAGAAAAAAAUGAUUCUUAUCCAUCUCAAGAUGAUGGUUAUAUUUCUCCUUUACUUUCAGAAAGCACUGACAUUCACACAGCAGUAUUAGCCCCUGAACUAUCUGAAAACAUGGCUUCUCUACCUAGUGAAGAAGAACACAGUUUUGACACGAUUCAACGAAGCUCUUCUGUGGAGAGUGGAUUUUCAAAUGAUGUAAAUAAUGAUGAAAAAUUAUCAAAGGAGGAAAAAGCUGCUACAUUAAUCCAGGCUGGAUUUCGCGGAAUGAAAGGAAGAAAGCAGCUGAAAAAUAUUUUAAAAUCCUCAACAGAAGUGCCUGUAAAUGAAGAGCAUGAUACUAUUAGUCUAAGGGAAAAGUCAGGCAAAGUUGCAAGGGUAGGUGCAAUACCUUUUGAACUUCAUCAUAGUUUCAAUCCUGAAGAUGAAACUGAGAUCAGAGAAGGGGAUAAAGAUAGCUUUAACAGGCUCAGCUCUGAGCACACUAUUGACCUGAAUAUAAACAGGGAGUCCAGUAUUGUGAAAACAGAUGAGAAAAAGUUUGAGCUCGACAACAAUGAUGAGUUUGAUCCUAAUACAUCAAUCAUAGUUUAUAUGGAUGAAAGCCAACCAUCAAGCAAUGUACUGGAACUCUAUCUUUUUGAAAAGAAAGUCAAGUUUGUCAAAACCCAGGUUUCUAGGAAGCGGAAAAAUCAUCUAACUCCUGAGUUCCUUGAGAUAAAUCCUGAAGGAACCUUGCCAACUAUGCUUUUUGAUAAAAAUAUCAUGAAAGCUGGAUCAAUGAAAAUUGCUCAUUUUAUUGAAGAACAUUUACCGAUUACUGAAUAUCCUGCACUUAUUCCUUGCACCAAUCCACCUCCAUUGUACCAGAAAUAUCUGUAUUUUAGCUCACAAUUUGAUGAUAUAGACAUGACAGCAUUGGAAAUAGGCAGCAAACUUCUUACUUUGGAGAAUCAGUUGACUGUAAAAGACAUUUCAGAAGAAAUAGAUGAAAUGGUGCAACUCUCAGGUGCGGAUGACAUUUUAGAGCCUCAUCUUUCGAAGGUAAUAGAAACCACCAAGAAAACAUGGCUCAGUGGAACAGAAAGCUACCAUGACCUAUUAAACAAAGUUAAACAAGUCCUUAAUAACUGUGAGGCAGAGUUUGCUGAGUCCACGAGUUCAUGGUUGUUAGGAUCAACUUUCACAGCUGUAGAUAUACAACUAGGAGUACUUAUUAACCACCUGGAGAAGAUUGGUCUAUUUGAAAUCAUCUGGGAUGGAAAAGAGUAUCUACAAUGUUUCUGGAAAAGUUUCAAGGCACGUCAAAGUGUUCAGAAGAUUUUGUUUAAAUCUGGAGAAAACCUUGAUAGUUCCGAGAAUGUAAACGAGUCUGGAGCAGUGAGACCAGGUUCAGGAGAUAUGACAAGGGUAGAUGACGAGUUUUUAACUUUAGAUAAUUCAACAGAGAAGGAGGAGGUGCAGAGUAGAAGAGAAGACAGAACUUGGUAUAAUCUCUGGUGAACAUUAUACACAUAAAUUAAGCACUUCAGUAUUUUAGCUUGAAAUCAGUUUUGAAAUAAGUAUAUUUAUAAUUAUAAUGAUAAAUGUAAAGACUAAUUUUAAUAUUAGAAUAAUCAAAAUAAAAAGUGAAAUAUAAAGAUAAAGGGUGGAAUAGUGUUGAAUAUAAAGG